AUGGGAUUGGCGCCUAAAAAUGUUGUGGCUCUCCUCUUGGCCGAGUUCGGAACCGGGAACUCCGAAGACGCGACUUACGAGGAGACUCGGAUGGCAACCCGACUGAAGAUUCUGCUGUCUCAAGCGGCGGAAGACGCGAAUAAUGAGGUUCAAACGGACGAUGAGAUUAUGGACAACAAUAGCAGUGGGGACGAGAAUGACGAUGACAGCGACUUCGAAUUGGACGUUGAAGGCCAUCAAGAACGUGAUGAAAGAGGAACUGGAGAGAUAUGGAUGGGACGAAAAUUCGUGUCGCUAGAUCAAAUACGAGCAGUCAAACGAUAUUGGCUAUUGUCGAAUCGAUCGGUUGGCGCUGUCAGGAAACGGUGCAGGUUCAUUCGAAGCGACUACUACUGGAGAAAGAUGACGGACCUGUGGAAGAAAGGUAAGGCUACAGUUUGUUGAUGAUUUUUUUGUAGAUGAAGUUGUCGCAGAUCGGCGUGUUCGCAUAAAGAAGCUGGCUUCUGAUCUUUUUGAGCGGGCGAAGGAGAGAUUGUCGACUGGGACUUCCGAUCCGAUUACCAUUCCAAGUCAUGCCAUUUUUAACAGUCUGGAGAAAAGUCGACUAAAUUUGUUUGUUUUUGUCUCAAGAAAAGGCACAAAUCUACAUAAAAUUGGAAAAACACAAAAAAAAUUUUUUUACGCAUACUGUAGUGUACACAGUAGUCUUACCCUUUACAUUGCAGGUGAAAGGAAUCGAACCCAGCCCCCCGACCCAAAAGAAGAUUCGUUAGACGAGCGCUCUUUCCACUCGGCCAACUGGGCAGCUGUUUGGGUUUGCUUUCGGAGAGAGGACUUUUUCGGCGCUCUCUUCUUGCGAAACUUUAUAGUCGAUUUUCUCGGCCGCGGGGGCCCAGACGCAAAAAUGCCUUUAUAUUUGAUAUAGUAGAGUAUGUGACUAUAAAACCACACAGGUCUCAUGUCAUAGUUCAUUUGCGAUCUGAACGACUUCCCUUGUGAGUUAAACUUUUACAAACGCUUUAAUUUUUCUAGAAAACGGUAGAUUACGGUUAUAAUCAUCAAACUUACAUGUUUUUCAAGAUUAAAAAAAGUGAAAAGUGUUUUUUCACGUUAUGGGUAUCUAAAACCAGUAAAUAUCAUAUGUAAAAUGGUUUUACUGGCAAGCGCCAAACUUCAUAAUAAUUCUUAGGCCAACCUAGUAGCAAUACGUAUCAUUUAACGUUUUGAAAUAAGAUUUAUUUUGCCCUACAGCAGAUAUUGUAACUACUUAAGGGACAAAUCAGCCGUUUAUAAUUUUUUGCCCUAGGGCAUUCUGCAAAAAGUGAAAAUGGUACCUUUCACCAUUUUUCAAGGGCUUUCCAAUGGUGUAUAACACUUGCCAUUUGGUGAGGGUUCGUUUGUACACUUCCCUAGUCAGGGCAAAAAAUUAUAAACGGUUGAUUUGUGCUUUAAGUAGUUACAAUAUCUGCUGUGGGGCAUAAUAAAUGUUAUUUCAAAACGCUAAAUAGUACGGAAUGCUACUGGGUUGGCCUAAGGAUCAUUAUGAAGUUUAGCGCUUGCCAGUAAGACCAUUUUACAUAUGGUAUUUACUGGUUUUAAAUGCCUAUAAUGUGAAAAAACACUUUUCACUUUUUUUAAUCUUGUAAAACAUGUAAGUUCGAUGGUUUUAACCGUAACCGACCGUCUUCCAGUAAAAUUAAAGCGUUUGUAAAAGUUUAACGCAAAUAUUUUCCUAACUGUAAGAACGCAAAAAUGAUUUUGUCAAGCUGAGAACCGAACCUGCGGCGAUUUUUUCCUGCUCAAGAGAAACAAAGAUUUUUGUUGCAAAUGGCCUAAAAAUAAUAUAAUUUACAGUAUGUCGUCGCGGAAAGUCAUUCUGCAAAAGAUGAAAAUGGUGUCUUCUACCAUUUUUCAAGGGCUCUUCAAUGACGUAUGUCACUUAGCAUUUGGUGAGGGUCCGUAUGUACACUUCCCUAGUAACAAAAAACGCCCCAAUAAAACCGCCGGAUAAUUAUGCAUUUAGAUCAGCUACUUCCGCCAUCAGAAAUCUUCACCCAACCCUCAGACAUCAGAUCUCGGCCCAUAAUGCCUACUGGACCACCGUUAUUUUCCUAUCCAUCAAGAAACUGAUCUUCGAUCGGGAUGUUGUAGACACUUUGUAAAUGUAAGUAUUUACUUAUCGUAGGAAAUGGUAUUUUAUUAUAAAGAUUUUCAUAAUUCUUUCAGAAACCACAAGAAUCACCAACUACGGGAACUUUCAUUUUUUAUUUAUGCUAAUCGGGUACUAGCUUUAAUGGCAUAAUAAUUGUUAAAUUCUACCUCAAAGGUUUUGAUCUAAUAAACUUACUGUGCUGUAAUGAGAGAAGAGUACUUAAGGUGAAAAUGGUGCAACGUUUGCAUCUGUAAUUUUACCGAAACGUCAAAGAGAAAAAUCUCGCCAAGAGAUUAGAAUUUUUCGCCCAAGGUUCAGAGAGCAGAGGAAUUCUGAAGGUGAUGUAAUUGUAUUGGGCAAUGAACUCCACCGCGGUGCACCGUGCUAAAUUCAGGGGUUCUUUUGCGAAGCAUUACGUAGUAGCCAUCGGGCGAUCUAAAUAGAAACGGAUAAACUUUCGGCUAGUCUCCCCAACUAUACUACUGUAUAGCCAACUGAGUUUUUCCCAUUUCGCGUAUAGCAAGGAAUUCAAUGUCUUGCAACAUGUCUUGAUCAGGGGUGGCCACCGGCCCGGCGAAGCCCGGCCCGAUCGGGCCUAAACGGGCCGGGCCUGGCAAAUUUUGAAACGGGCCGGGCCGGGCCUGCUUUUUACCGGGCCGGGCCGCGGGCCUGAGCCAUUUUCAGGCCCGGCCCGGUUUUGUCGAAAUGCCAAGCGUUUGGCAUUCAAUGUUUUCGCGCCGGAAAAAUUUUUGGAUAGGUUUGUAUUUUUAGUAUAUCAAGUUCUACAAUAGUUUAUUACUUUAUAGUACUUUUUUGCAUAUAUGUUAUAAUAUAAGGUCCAAAUUAGAACAUAUAAUAGAUAUAGGAUAGUUCUUAGCAGAUUUUAGCACACUACAGAGGCGGUAAGAUCAAAGGAAAUUUUCCAGCUCGCGCCCUAACCGGGCUUUUACAGGGCCGGGCCGGGCCUGCAAAAUUUUGAACCGGGCCGGGCCGGGCCUGGGAUUUUGCCGGGCCCCGGGCCUGAAAUUUGGAAAAAGAGGCCCGUUUGCCACCCCUGGUCUUGAUUUAAUAGCGAAAUUCUACCAAUAAAUCAGACAAUUCAUUGACAUUCCGCUUUCGCAAUUAAUUUUUGGCCUGCGUAAAAUCUUGACCUAAAUCUUGGUUGCCAACGUUGUCGACGGAUUUCGGCGAUUCCCGCAUGUGAUCCGUUUCUUGUCUUGUGUUACAUCUCCGCUUAUAUAAUUUUACGUUUUUGUUUCCAUUGUCUAAGUUUAGGAAUGCAUUCUUGAUAAGCUAAAAGCGAUUCUUCUUUUUCUGAAGAAUUGCUCGUAGUACACUUGUCGACAUUUUACUUUGCAUCUGCAUUUCGGCUCUUUCUGUUUUUUUUUGUUGUUUUACCUACUAUAAUAUAAUUUUCAGCAUUCAGCUCUUUUCACCAAAUUUGAAGGAUGUUGACCGUCAAGAAGAUGGUUCAACUCUUCAGCAGCGAGCUCAAGCUGUACGACAACCUCAAAGUGAGUGUUUAAACUUAGCUUUUGUUUUUUAGCUAGAACUUGUCAAUUUUAAUUGUUAUCCAUGAUGUUUCAGGAGAGACAUGUCGCUUCUUUCAUGAGAAAGGCUACGAUCUGGACGAGAAUUGCCAAGCCAUUCUUCAACUCCUCUGCCUGCGAGUCAAGGAAGAAUUCAGACGCCGCCAUGACAACACUUUCAGGUUCAUCAUCCGCAAGUAAACUUGUCCUCGGAAAUUUGGUUGCUUUAUUAAAUAAAUUUUUGUUUUAUCAACAGGUUUAACAGAAGAGAAAGGAAUCCCUUAUUAUUGGGUCCUUAUACCUAUUUGUGUCGGAUUGUUGUAACCUUUUGCCCGAUCGGGCUUCCGGAAACUGCAAAACAGCGGCAAAAAGCCGCGCUUUCUUUGGCUUUCUUUGUCUGAUUUUUUUGUUAUUUCUUUCGGUAUCAGGGGGACAUCUUCUUUGCUCAGAUGGUCUUCCCUUGAAAGAUUUGAUCGCGUGUUUUCAGGGAUUACUCGAAUAAUUUUUGUGCUUUUACUUUCAGGAUCAAGCUCAUAAAGGUCCUAAGAGCCUCUGCGGUUGCAAAAUUUUCGAUAACUCUUAUGUAAGUUUACCUUUUUUGCUUCGGCUUUUUGUUUCAUUUCAUGAAAAGUAAUAUUUUAUUUUUUAUCCAUGACAUUUCAGGGCAAAAUGA